UAGCGAGACACAAAUGGUUUUAAAAAAAAUUACAAUAACUGCAGUCAAAUGAGCAAUCGCAUUGUACGAUGGUGGAGAGGAAGCGUUUAUGGUAAUGACAUUGUAGGGAAGCGAGAGAGCCACGAAGGGAGGAGUUAACCUCCGCUGUCAGUGGCAUGCGGUGUGGGACAGCCUCUGAGGCGUUUAAAGGCAAACGCAAAACGACGCUGACGUGAGCGAACAAUUCGGAACUCCUCUUACUCUUUCUGCCCUGCGGGUUUCAGACAACGUCAAGCAGCGAUCGCUGGAAAUGCAUGGUCAAACGCAGACAGAAAGCACUACGCACACGUGUCAGCACAAGAGAAAUUGCUGGAAGAGUGGAACAAAAAAAGAGUACAAAUGCCACUCUGCAACAGUGGGAAUCUCCCUGUGUCCUACAGUCCUAGACCCACAGGCAUGCAAGUGAGCUAACUGGGGGAGGAAGCCGGAGUACCCCGGAUAAAACCAAUGUGAGCCAGAGCAGACCAAACUCUCCACAGAAAUGUUCCCAAAACAAUUCGUCCUGAUUGCAAGAUAUAUCUCCUGCUGAGCUGGAUGCCUUGUGGAGGGAACCAGCAUAUACUCUCGGGGGGACCCACGAACACUUUUCAAGAAAUUACAUCAUGACUGAAGGCGUAGGUGAGGAGGAGGAUGGCCCCGUUGUGGAGUCAGGUGAAGGAGAACCAGAGCCAAAUAACUACUGGAAGCGAAAAGAGGCAUUUCUUAAAGGAAGUCGGAUGACACUGGGCGAAAAAUGCGCCCCAGAAGUUACUCUCCUUUUCACUGGACGCCGACGCUCCAGUGAGGACCCAGACCGGGCUCUCCAGGAGGCCCUGCGCACCCGACUCCGAGUAGUGGAGAGCAAUAGCAAAGAUGUCAUCCAGCUGUUUAAGGACCUAUCUGCACGUCUGGUGUCUGUUCAUGCAGAGAAGGACAGCUUUAUCCUCACAUUUAAAACUGUAGAGGAACUCUGGAAGUUUUCGACAUAUCUAGCAUUAGGUUACGUGGCACGGUGCUUGGAGAACUUCCUGUGUGAUCAGUCCUUUUGGCUUGAGCCAAAAUUGCUCAGUGACUUGGAGAUUAAUGUAAAAAUAGAUGAGGAUCAUUUGGCCACACUCUAUCUUGAGCUUUUACUCCAGGAAGGAUCUUUCUUUGCUAAGGCACUGUGCACAAGACAUGACGAGGAUGAUGAAGAUCAACUGUCUUUCAAAAAGAAUGAUCUUCUCAUGGUGAAGGACACAGGACAGGAGGACAUGUGGGAGGGCACACUGCUCACCACUGGCCAUCAUGGCCUCGUGCCAGUCACCGCCACUCAGCCGCUUCCCUACCCUUUCUACCAGUGGUUCCUGAGGAAUUACCCGGGCUGUGCCGGGUGCUCGCCAACAGAAAAAGAAGCGUUUGAACAUCCACUUGUGACAGGUUCGUGUGUAGCCGUGGUCGACUACAUUCCGUUGGUUCAAGAUGAGCUCCAGCUAAAUCAAGGGGACGUUGUCGAGAUUCAAGGUCUCAUGGUGCGAGGCCUUGGCGUCUUCAUCGGAAAACACUCCUCCACUGGUCGGACUGGCUUUAUCCACAAGGCCCACGUGAAGCCUCUGGAUACCCUGUCACUACAAAGACAUUUGGUCUUUCUGACCGAGGAGGAGCGAGCCACGCUGGCUCAAACCAGCCUGUUUAGCUACGAGCCGUGCGAUAGCAACCUCCUGGAAAGGCUCUUCUCAUCUGACAUCAGCUCUGUAUACAGGCUAGACAGGCUGGAUGAGUCUGACUUCAUGUAUAUCAGGAAUCGGCCCAAACGUGAUCACAAGGUUCCUACAAGCACUCGCCAGAGUGUCAUGUCGGAGAGAAGCGACGGAACGCCUCCGAACCACUCCUCCCCCCACCCAUCGCUAUCGCACUCGUCACCGCGCGUGUCACUCUGUCAGUCCCGCAAUGCUCUGGCAGAGGAGGGAGAGCACCUGUCCUUCACUUUCGAUGACACAUUUAGAGAGCUCGGUGAAUUCCAGGAGGAACCGCCUCUCUUCUUGGAGGAAAACAUUUGGGAAAGGGACGAGUCAGAAGUUAGUGACCCAACGUUGAUCCUGCUAAACCAUGACCAGUUUCAGGAAGACUUCCUUCCCCUGUAUGACCUCGAGUGUUCCUUCCUGUGGGUGACCUUCAAUGGGAAGGGCGAGAGUGAACUCUCAGGUCAGCUUGAAGGUGUAAGGGAGUGUGCAAAACGGAUGGGCAUGCAUUGGGCACGUCGGCGAGCGUGCUUCCUCUUGGGAAGACUCUGCGCCAGGAAGCUCAAGCUAUCGCAGGCUCGUGUAUACUACGAGGAAGCACUGAGUGUUCAAGUGGACAGUUUUCGUGACACACCGCUGUUGAUCGCUCUCCUCACCAACCUCACAGCCGUCUACCUGAAGCAGCGUAUGAGCGACAAGCUGCCCCUCACCCUGGAAAAGGCCAGCGCUGUGCUUCUCUGUCUUCCCAAACAUACCUACACGUCCUCUGAUGAAAUCGAGCUGCUGAAACUGCUUCUGAGGAGGUCGAUGGUAACAGGGGAUAAAUAUCUGGAGGCCCGUGUUUGCUACCUUAUCUCCAGCCUCUUCCUACUUCUAAGGAAGCCUGAUGACGCUCUUCCCUUUGUUGAGCGCUUACAAUUCCUCUCCUCAAGUCUCUCCGCGAACGACGGAUCUGGGAUAGCACCUCUGGACCUCAACUGGCUUUUGAGCUUGCUCUAUCACCGUAAAUACAUGCCUUAUCUGGUGCUAGCUUCUCUGAGCCUUGACUCAAGACAAGACCACUCGCUCCAUGACGCCUUCCAGAGGAUUGAGAGGUUUAUCAGAAACUCUGCUCGCCUGAACCCGUUUUGGAAGGAGGAAACCUCCCUGCUCCCUGCCCAGAUUGUGGUUUACCUCCUGCAGGCGCUGGCGAUAGCUGAGAAAGAGGGGGACUUAAAGUCGCAGAGAGACCUAUGUCUGGGCUUGGCCUCAGUUUACCAGCAGUAUGGCGCCCUUGAUAAGGCUGUGUGCUGUGCUCAACGAGCAGUGGAGACUGGAGGCUUCAUCAAUGAGGAGGAAGGCUUUGAGGCCUCUGUGCUGCUUGGCUGGCUGCUGGUAUUAACAGGCCAAGCUGAGAAGGCUCAGGGUGUCCUCCGACCAUUGCUUGUCUCGCUUCAGGGAUCAGAUAGCUCCACUCAAAGAGGUGUCAUCCACAACCUCUUGGCUUUGUGUCUGAGGCAGCAAGGCCGCAUACCAGAGGCAGGCUGGCAACUCCACUCGGCCUUGGUGAUAUCCCGGGAAAGUGGAAACCAGAGGAAUCAGGCCUUGGCACUGGCCAACCUGGGCUGCCUGGCACUGGAUACUGGGGCGUCGACACUGGCAGAACGUUUCUUGGUCAGAUCUCUGCAACUUUUUCUGGGACUCUGGGAGAGCCCCACCGAUGAAGAGCAUGUGCAGACCUUCCUUUGGCUGGGGAAGAGUUACAAAGACAGGGGGAAGAGUCACCAAAUCAGGGUCUCAUAUGAAAUGGGACUUCUGAUAGCGCUGCAUGCUAGAAAUUUGCCCAGUCAGUUAGUGGUGGCGAAGGUGCUGAGUCGGCUCUAUUCAGACCUGCUGCUUUACGGACAAAGCAUCGUCUAUUAUGAACACUGUGUGUCAGUAGCCAGAGAGCUGAAAGAUAAGAGACUCGAAGGAGAGUACCUUGAAAUAUUAAGCAGCCUCUACCUCUCACUAAAUACCGAGAGAUCGUCUCGUAAAUCUUUGGAUUACACUAAGCAAAGCCUGAGGAUUUCCAUUGAUUUGGGCAAAAGAGAAGAAGAGUCUGAGACCUGGUUGCAGGUGGGAAGGAUCUAUUAUCUCAUCCACGAGGAUGAGCUGGCUGACAUGUACCUGCAGGCAGCAGUGAAGACAGCCCUGAGAAUGAAUGACCCUCAUUUCUCGAUGAGCAUCUAUGAAGAAGCGGGGGAUGUCUAUUUUAAAGGACACAGGAACAGGAUGGCCUCAUUACCUUUCUACAGGGAUGGCAGUUUACCUUUUUCCCGAAGUAUCAGAGACACCCAUUCGGAGUUCCGUUUGUUGAGUAAACUGACAGCGCUGUUAAUGGAACAGGGGGAACAAGAAGAGGCUCUGCAAUAUGCUAUGCUAGCUGUUGAAAUAGCUAACAAAACAGGUGUGCAUAUAAAUGAGCGGACAGCCUACCACCGACUGGCGACAGUUUACUACAACCUUCAGCACUAUGAGAUGGCUGAGAACUACUAUCUCAAGUCCCUGUCGCUCUGUCCGCCCGUCAUGCAGCACCCAAAGGAGGCUCGCUACUACACUCAGGUCUACUGCAGGCUGGGAAAUCUCACUCUGCACAAGCUCAAGGAUUCGUUGGAUGCGUUGGGUUAUUUCCACCUCGCUCUGGCAGCCGCUCUGGAGGAUCGAGCAAACCCCGAGGCUCUAUACGUAGUGUAUAUGAAGUUAGCGGAGAUCCACGGCAACCACAUGCCUGACGCUCAGCUAUGCCAGCUAUACAGAGACAGAGCCAAUAGCUUGAAGAGAGUUCUGUCAGGGGCAGAGGACUCCACUGUGAAUGAGGAAAUUGGAAAGGAUACAAGUGAACACUGUGACAGUGACCCAUUCCCAAGAACUUCUGGGAUACAAGCGGCUACCCACAGAAACGCUGAAAGACUGAAUGAACUUAACGAAAGACAGCAUGACCACAUUCCUCCUCGUGACACGAACAAAGAGUUUGGUGACGCCACUGCAUUUCUUAGCUCACAGUCUUACAGUGAGAGCAUUUGGACUGAGUCUUUUGACACAGCCAGAGAAUACAUGUCAGACUCCUGCAGCUCCACGGACACUGUGCAAACGUCCCCAAAACAGAUAGAUGGGAAUGAUUUGACCAGUAACACAAGUCUCGAUCCCGACAAGGAACUGGUCACAGAUCCACAUCUUCAUCAGAAAGACCCCGCUGCCUCUGUCAGCGGGGUUGAUAACCUUUCAUCCUGAGUGGAUUCACAUGCGCGCGCUGUGGCACUUUGUUCUUCAUUUCCUUUGUCUCUAGACAUAUGUCUGAGCCAUUUAACAAAACACAGUGUUCCAACAAAAUGGCACUUAUUUAUUUAGAACGAGGUGAGGGUUCUUACGAGCUUUAAACUGUCUUUUUAUGAACAUUGUCAAAAUGAAAGAGUUUUUCUAUGUCUUUUAUACCUCUGCCCCAUAUGUCAAAUAAUAUGUUAAUAAGACUAAGAAUACAUUUGAAAAGAUGACAAUUCUAAUAAAUUAUUUUUGACUAAUGUUGACAGUGAGAA